AUUACAAACGCAACCCGCUGGAGCAACUAGGCGGAUCGGGCAAAGUCUGGAGGGGAAUGGACAGACAAACCUUUCUGCCGAGACCCUCUCUCUGCUCCAAACACUUCCUGACCCGCUCGGCUCCGCCCGUAAGUUAAUGACGAAAAUGCCAGCGUCUGCUGUCUCUUGUGCCGCAUGUUCACAAACACGCCCACUCUGGGAUGUGGUGUGACGUUUAAGCGUGUUUUUUUGGAUAGGCACAUGGAAGAGCAGGGAAUAGGGGAACAUAGAUCGCGUACAGGGAGAUGAGAUCAAUGUACCUUGGCACCAUGUUCGGCACAAACAUUGUGGGCGGCCGGUUCCUGCGCUGUAUUGUUCUAUGUUUUGUAAGCAGUAGCAGUAGUGUCAUGUGAGGCUGCUUCUGAGGAGAGUUUCAUGAUAGAUAGAAAAAGGGACAAUUUCCUCUUUUGCUCUACAUAUUGUACUCCAGCAAGGUUAGAUUUAAGUGAAUGGCGGUAAAACAAAGGUUUUCACAAUAUCUCAGUGCACGUGACAAUAAUAAUCCAAUACCGCUUUAUCCCGUUUCCCUUCAGCCUCUCAGCGAGACCCGAGCGGUUCACAAACACGCCCACUGUCGGAUGUGACGAGCCGGUCUCUUUCCCCGACUCACUUUCGCUUCGGCCGCUUUCCCUCGACAGACCGAGCCGGAGACUUCCCGCGGCGGCGAGAAGACAAGAAAGGGAUCGGGACCGACCACACUCGGCUCGAAGCCUUUUAAUUUCAAAUAAAAGCAGAAUGUCUGGUGUAAAUAACAGAGAGGCAGAAUCACUUUUUUUCUCCUCGGAGAGCAGAGUGUGGGCCCGGUGUGUCGGCGCUGAGAGAGUCGCCACCAACCAAGCGGCCGCGAGCCGUCUCUCCGCACUGUCCCCCUGAGAUGUGGCUUCACCGCAGUUGGGGUGGCCACCUACCCCGACAAUGUAGGACUGAGCGGCGGUCGCUUAAAACAAAGCCCUUGGACCUGGUGGUGAAACUUUCCAUGGGGGUUGAGGCCCAGGACAGGAUCCAGAUUGUCCAUCAAACACUGCAUCACCUCAGCAAGAUCUACAGCAUGAACCUGAGCUCAGUAACGUGGGUCCAGGCCACAGUGGAGCACUUCAGGCUUCUCCUGGAUCGGCAGCUCACGGAGCUGGAAGUCUGUGUCAGGAAACCAAGCACAGGGUCUAGGGCAAGGAAGAAUGCCACAGUUCGUAAAUACUUCAGGAAACUGAGAAGGUUUCUGAAACAGAAGGGAUUCAGUGACUGUGCCUGGGAAAUUACUCGCGCUGAGACCAGGGCGCAUUUACAACAGCUCCUUCUCAUCAUGGCAACAAUCAGCAGGGAACAGCAGGGAAGACUCAAGUGACAUGGAGACGGAGAACGAUUAUGAUAUAUUUAAGAUAACCCCUUUCUUUGUGAAUGGUGUUUUAAAAACGUUGUUAAUUUAUUGUCAUUUAUUGAAGGUUAUGCAUUUGGCAACACUUUUUACAUUGAUAUCUUUUAUUGAGGGCAAGGUUCUAACAUAAUUAUUCUCAAUGUCACUCUUUUAUUUAAGUCUGCUGAUCCUCUGACAUACAUACAUAUAUAUAUAUAUAAAUGU